UCACUUCCGUUCCUCAGUCAACAACAAGGAAGUAAAACCGGUGGGUGACAAGUAUCAAACCGCCCCAGUCUCGUCUGUCUUCUCACUGUAAACCAGUCAGAAUCAGUUUCUUCUUAAGCGGCACGGUGACCACUUACAUGUCGGGAUGGCGAUGUCAACAUUUCAGAAGGUGACCCUCGCGACGUGCCUCGUGCUGUGCGUCGCGCUGCUGCUUCCCAAAAUGCUGUUGUCCCGGGGGAGAAAGGAUGCUGCGGAGCGGCCGGAGGGUUCAGGUCGUUUCCCUCCGACGAUACAUGGCCAGAUGUCCUCAGAGGGCCGAGGCCAGAAGGCCGCGGGCUCCGGCUCCGCCAGGGUUCACAACCCUGAGGCCUUGGCCAGGGGCAAGGGGGCAGGAGGCGGAGGCAAAUCCAACCUGGCAGGCCAGAUCAUCCCUGUCUACGGCUUCGGAAUCUUACUCUACAUCCUCUACAUAGUGUUCAAGAUCACAUCUAAGGGGAGCAGCAAGCUGUCUGAGGGCCGGUGUGCUUCGGUCCGGUCAGAAAACAUGAAGAGAAAGAUCACUGACUUUGAGCUGGCUCAGCUGCAGGAGAAACUGAGGGAGACCGAGUUGGUGAUGGAGAGUAUUGUAUCCAACGCCCACCACAGCCCUGACAGGGUGACAGGAGUGACGGCGGAUCAGGAGGAGAGUCUCCUGCAGCAGCUGAUGGAGAUAACACGGGUGAUGCAGGAAGGCCAGCUGGUGGAGGGGAUGUCUCCAAGGAAGGAAGCCCAGAGCGACUGGGAAGAUUACCCUGAGGAGCCUCCUCAGUACUGGGAACAUCCUUGCUGCAGUUGUCAGCACAGUCAGCAGCACUACAGUCCACAGAUGGAGACAGAGGUGGAGAGGACAGAAGUCAGUGGAGCCGACCUGUUGGAAAACAUUCAUGCUGGCGAUGGUACAGGCGGAGCAGAGGCUGAGCAAGCUGAGGACCGGAGUGCAGACGCUGGAAGAGAAUCCAUCUUUGCAGCAGUGAGUGAAGAAGAUGCGGGGCCAGAGAGUGAUGUAGGCUUAAAUAAGGAAGAAGCCUUGCAUGGACACAAGGAGGGAGGGGGUCGGAUCGAUGUGAAUGUCCCACAGGAGGACCUGGUUGGAGUCCUGAAGGAGCUGCAGCUCACUCUGAAGAUGACGUCUGUGAUGGAGCAGACUGAGAGCCUUGCUCAGCCCACAGAGACAGAAACAUCCAGCAGUCAGGUCAGACGGAGGAACAGGAGGAGGAGAGCAAAGAAAGCCUCACCCUGACUCUGUCAUGUAAACUUAAGCCUGGGCCUGGUUUUGUCAAGACAGAUAAACUGUAAACCUGUCUUCAUCUGAUGGGCAGUAGCAUGGAAGGUGGUGAGUGCAUUAAAGUGUUUCUAGCCUUGUUUAUUUUUACUUGACUAAGUGAGAAAAUGUGUGCACGGGGCACUGUUUACAUGACCAAUAUCAACUUUAUCCAUUGGCUAAAAGAAAAAUAAGCAAAGUUUAAGGUAUUAAAAUUUCCAAAUAUACUCAACACUUCUAUUUGUAGAAACAGGGGCCUCAUUUCUAAAAUGAUCACAGUUAAAUAUGCUAAAUAUACACAGGACUUCCCCAGGCCCAGAUUUUACAGUAAUAAUAAUAGUUGACAAACUGUACCUUGAAGUACAGCCAGCUGUGAACAGCCUAAGCAUUUAUUUCUGUAGGGGAAGUGUUGAGUUAGUUGUUAUACCUGAUCUGUGAAAGCUGUUUUUCAGCAAGCAUUUUCCUGUAAAAUAAUCCAAAAUUAUUCACAUCUGGUGCUUUCAUUUAAUGUGCUUUUACAAUAUACAAAUGGACAGAAAACAAGGCUGAAUCAGGCCACUUGAAAAUGUGCUUGUUCUACACAUGAAUGCAUGAAACUUCUGGCAAUUCUAGCUCAGACUAGAGCAAAGUUUUCUCAUAAAGAUGUCAAUGUGUGCAGGAAUUAUGCAGCUGAUGAACACUGAGCCUGCAAAGAAAAGAAACUGAUGACAUUUUAUUAUUUAUGCAACUAAUUUACUGGGUUGUUGGUGCCUUCGCUCACCUUUGUCUGCAUUUGCUAAACAAAUCUCUUAUCAAAGUGCAGUCAUAUAAAACUUC